GGGGGCGCUCUCUUAACACGCUCAACUUCCGGAUAAAAAUCAACAAGAAAUUAUGGUUAUCAAAUUAUACAGCUGACUUGGCGUUUUUACAACAUUUCAAGAAGUUUUUUUAACAUACAUGAGUUAACUUAAACUUUAGAAGGAUGGACUUUGGGUCCAUUUUAUCUUUAGCCUCUAAAAACACACAAAAACAGAGACCAACUGAAAAAAGAUAUAGAAGUGAUCUUGAUGCACCUAGAAAGGAACGGAAAGAUAAAGAUGGUAGACCAAAAUCUGAAUUUCUUCAGAAAGUUAAGGAAGAGAAAGAGCAGGAGCAAAAAAGAAAAGAAAUGGAUGAAAUAAGAAGAAAAGAAGAAGAAAAACAAAGACAAAUAGAAGCAGAAAAAAAGAAAGUUUUCAGAAUUCCGAAGAAACCUCGUCCUCCAGAAGAAAUCACAGAACAAACAGAUAAAAGUGCAAAACUAUCUGCCAAGGAAAAAAUUGAGAAAGCUAAAAAACUAGCCGCAAGUUUUGGAAAAUCUAAAACUGCUGUAUCCUCGUCAAAGUCUGAUUUAAAAAGAAGUUCAGUAGUAAGUGACAAAAUUUCCUCCAAAUAUAAACAAGCUAAACCUUUUCAUCCAGAGCAGAGAAAAACUGGAAAUGACAAAGUUGUUUCUAAACAAGACGACAAGAAACCAUCAAAUGAUAAACAUUCAAAUGAUAAACAUUCAAAUGAUAAAGAUGUUCCUAAACAGUCUGACAAGAAACCAUCUUAUAAAGAUAAGUUAGAUAAACUGUCAGACCAGGAAAAACUUGCAAUUAUCAAAAAGAUAUCAGGGAGUCUUGGGCGUGUAGGUGAUAAAAUAUCGGAUACAGAAAAACUUGACAAAAUUAGGAAAAUUUCAGAAACAAUUGGAAAGGGGUCAUCAAGUAAUAGUGAUAAGAAAGAAAAACCAAACGGAUCUCAGAAAUAUUCACCUCUUACCAGUAAAAUAGACCGAGAAAAAAUGACAGGAAAUCUGGAAAGUCUUCAGAAAAUAAAAAAAGAAUUCAAGGAAGCUGAGGAAAGAGCGACUGGAAAAACUAUCACAUUGCUUGGAAAAACAGAUGAAGGAAUUAAAAGAGAAGUGAUAUUUGAUAGAACAGAUGCUGAAACAAUGAGGUAUGCAUUACAAGAGAAAGCAGCACGAAUAAGAGCCAUGAUGAACAGACCUGAAGAACCUAAACCAAGAGAAAGAAAAAAGGGGAAAGAUAGAGCAUCUGAAACUGAGGCUAAGGGAAAAAAAUCUGAAACUUCUAAAAAUGAAGAUGAUGAACAAAGAAAAUAUUCUGAUUUUAAGAAAACUUCUAGUCAUUCCAGUGAUUCUAAAUACAAUGAUAAAUAUAGUGAUGAUAGGUAUUCAGACAGAUCUUCAAGGGAGGAAAAAACAGUGAAAAAGAAAAAACCUCCACCACCACCUUCAAUGAAUUUUAAUGAUCUGUUAAAAAUUGCUGAACAAAAAUCACAAGAACCUGUCAAAAUUGAAGUGAUUAAAAAACCAAAAAAAGAUGAGGAGCGAUUAUUAAAUAAAAGAGAGAUUGCAUCUCAAAGAGAAUAUCAAGAAUAUUUGAAAAAUAAGAAAAUGAGAAGAGAGGCUGAAAUUGAAGAGAGACAAACUGUGGAUGUUAAAAGAGAAAAACAAAACUCUAAUUCAUUAAAAAGUAAAUCCACUUCAAAUUUAGUGACAAAAUCAGCAAGUUCAUCACAAAAUAAUGUAAGGAAAAAUCCUUAUUCAGAAAAGUUAGUGACUAAAUCUUCUUCGCCUGUGCCUAGUUCAUCUAAACCAUCAUCAAGUAACAAAUUAGGUAAAUCAAUGUCAUCUUCUUCAAUUCCUUCAAAACCUUUUACAAAACAGUUCAAACUACACUCAGCAACAAAUUCUCCUCACAAUACAGACUCAAAUCCAGCAAAGAAAAUAAAACGGGAGCAUAUAGAAAACGGAAGAAUUACCCAAAAAGAUGAGUAUCGGAAGAAAUCAAAUGGUGCUAAAAGAAAUAAUUAUGAUGAUGUACGUGAAAAUGUGCUAGUGUGUGGACCACCAAAGAAUGAAAAACCAGUUUCUUCCAAUCCAUUUGAUAGAAUAUAUGGAGAAAUUAAGAAAAAUCAACCAUCAAAGCCAGCGAAGAGGAAGCAUCCUGAUGAAUACUCUGAUUCAGAAGACGAAUUUGACGGAGACCUGGAUGGAUUUGUAGUGGAUUAUCUGUCGUCAGGGGAGGAAGAAGAAAUGGAAGGCUACGACAAUGAUUAUGAAGAUUAUUCCAAACAUAUCAGAAAUAUAUUUGGUUAUGAUAGGCGAAAAUUUAAGUAUGAAAGUGAUUAUGACAUCGCAAAUAUGGAAUCAAACUUUAAAGAUGUAAUGAAAGAAGAAGCUAGAAGUGCAAGACUCGGUAUGCAAGAGGAUCUGGAAGACAUGAAAAAAGAAGAGGAAGAAAUGAAAAGAAAAAUGGCAGGAAAGAAAAAGAGAUGAUGAAUAUGAACAGGCUGUUAUUUAAGAUAAAGAUGAAAAAUCAUGUUCUGAAUAUGAUGGUAGAAAUAAAGGAAAAAAGUGUUCAUCUGAGGUGUUGAAAAUGCUUUAGACGUGAAUAACUUUUUCAGAUUAAAAAUAAGCUGUUAUUUGAUAAUGUUGAAAGAAGAAUCUGUUUCAUGAAUAUCAUUAUUUAUCCUAUUGUUCAGGAUUUAUAAAUAUGUCAUUAAAGGAAUUGAAUGCCUUAAUGCAAUGAUGUAUUUAGUAUCUGAUACAUUAAAAGCAUAUAACUAGAAAAUAUAAGAGAAAAGGAUGUUUUACCAUAACUCAGUAUUUCUUGAUGACUGUAAAUGAUUUUUUUUUGUUAGGUCAGCUGAAUUUUACUUUUCAGAACUGACUGACACAUACUAUAAAACUUUAAAAACCCUUUAAAGAUCAUAUGCAGUAGCUUAUAAAAUUGAAAUUGCUCUGAACAAACCAUAAAACAUAUUCAAUUCUGUGUUAUGAUUUUGUCCUUUAUACAGUUAGCUACCCUUGAACACAUACUAGUUACAAUAAAAUAUCUCAAACUUAGUAUUCUAUUCUUGGCUGAUAUAUUCAAUUUUUAAAUUAAAAAUAAUCAUAAAAAACAUCUAGGAACUUUAGAAGAAAAAUAAACCCUGGGAUCUUGCCUGAAGAAUUUAUUACCUUUAGCUGUUGUUUCAUUUAGUUGAUAACAUUCUGUCUAUCCUCUAAAAUUACUAAGUUCAAACAUUUCUUAUCUUAUUUAUAAAUCAAAAUCCUCAUUUUCAUUAAAUAUCAUAAAGAAAAUUAUAUUUAUAUUAUAAGUUUCAAGAAUUUGUCACAAAAUGAAUUUCAUUUAAUUUUAAAUAAGUUAAAAAUUUUUAAUUUUAAUAAAUACAGAAAGGAAUGGCAUUUAGCUUUGACCUACAUAAAUGUAGAAUUCAAUUAAGUUCCAUUGCACGUUUGAAUUAAAAGUAUAGUGUUCAGUUAGACAUCUUUUAAAGAUCUAGCUAAAACUGGUAUAAGAGCUUUCCUAAACUUACUGUGAGUUAUGAGUUUUUGGCCUGUGAUGAAGACUUUCCCUGCACAUGACUUUAAGAGCAAUAAAACCACUUAUCUUACAAGUUUUUUUUCAGGUGUGUCCAAGAAAAUUGUGUCAUAAAUUUAUACACCAUACCUCUUCUUUUCCAUUGAAACUGGAAAAAAUUCUUUGAUGUGUUGCUUAUACAUUUGUAUGUGUAUUUUAAAAUAUGCAUGUGAUAAAAACAAAAUAUAAUUAUGUACACAUACUGGGAUGAAUGAUAUAUUUUUGUUUAUUAUACAUAUAUACAUGUAUCUACAAAUAGCUUAUGAAAUAGGAAAACGUGUGUUAUUAUGAAUGUUCUGUGUUUGGGUUACUGCUGACUCUGUAUGAAUCAGGCAACAAUGAUAAAAAAAAACCAAAGCAUUUGACAGCAGGCAAAUUGUUGACCUUUUGAUUUUUUUUCAGCUUUUCAUUGUUCGAAAUAAGUGCUGUGUUUGUUUUUGUCAAUGAAGUGCAUCCGAUAUUUACCAUAAUAAAUUAAGUAGCAUGAUAUUAAGCUUAAAAACUCUUGAUUAAGUUUCCAAAAUUGAAUUGCAAGCUACAUCAGAGUUAACUAUAAAGAGGAUGGGGCCUGCUUAUGGAGCUACAUAAAUUGUGAAUGCAUAGACUUUUUAUCAGUUCUGCUUCUAAUGUUUAAUGCUUGUUGGUGGUUCCCUUUUUCAAAAUACUGGAUCUGUAGCCCUUUUCACAAAGAAUCUAAGUGUAAAAUUUAUCGUAAGUAUUAAAUAUUCCUUAACAAUUCUACUAAAUAUUUUUAUCGUAAGAUUAAUUUUACACUAAAAGUUUUUUGGUGAAAAGGACUACUGCAUCUGAACAUGCAUCUUUAAAAACCUACCCAGAUAGCAUAGGCAGAUCCUGGGGGGCCUGGCCCCCCCCUUUUUGUGGGGAAAAUUUGGUUGCUUAUAUAGGGAAUCACUGAAGCGUGACUGGAGCCCCCCCCCCCCCCCC